AUGGAGGCCGAGCCGGAGCGAGCGGAGGCGCCGCGGCGUGGGGGUGUCGCCGGGAUACUAAAGAUGGGCCGUCGAGCCCGCCAGGACCUCUUGCCGGAUGAGAAUCUCAGCAGGAAGAAUUCCUCGUCUGCUUCUCUCGGAGAGGAUGAAGACCCUGAGGAAAAGGUUGACCAUGGUCCACCACCUAAACCACCACGCCGGCAAGGAGGCUGGGCAGAUGAUCCUGUACUGGCACCUACCAAGUCAGGAAGAAAGCAUGGAGAAGAAGUAGAAGACCAUCGUCUCAGACAGCAGAGCCUGGAGACAUCAGAUGAUGGAGGAGACAUUCCCGUGAUCCCUGGCUUGGAGGAAGUCCAAGAGGAAGAUCUGGCCAUGCAAGUGGCAGCUCCCCCCAGUGUGCAGGUGAACCGAGUGCUGACCUAUCAUGCCCUAGACAAAGAUCUAAUGAAGUAUGCUGCAUUUCAGACUCUGGAUGGAGAGGUUGACCUGAAGCUUCUUACCAAAGUUUUGGCUCCAGAACAUGAACUACGAGAGGAUGAUGUCAGCUGGCAUUGGGACCAUCUCUUCACAGAAGUGUCCUCAGAACUAGUGACUGACUGGGACCUAGGACACUCUGAAAAAGAGGACCACCUCAGUGUGCCCUAG